AUGCGAAAGCGAGGCAAGGAUAAAAAAGUAUUAGAAGCUCUGGAUGGGUCACGCACCGUUCGUUCCGCAGUAACUUAUAGUAAAGAAGAGGGGAGAUUUUUAGUCGGAACUGAUGCCACCCGCCAAGCCGCAAUUAAACAGGUUGUUUUCUCAGUUAAAAGAUUGAUGGGACAAGACCUCGAAAAAAACGAGAUUAGAGAAAAAUAUAAGGAUAGAUUUAUCUUCGUUCGAGAUACCAAGGAUGGUGAAGAAGUGUUAUUAACACCAGAACAAAUUUCCGCUCACAUACUAAAUUAUUUGACUAGUUAUGCUGAGGAUAGAUUGGGAGAAAAAAUUAAGAAGGUAGUAAUUACCGUCCCUGCUUAUUUUGAUGAUAACCAAAGACAAGCUACCAAAAAUGCGGGAAUAAUUGCUGGUCUCGAAGUGGAAAGAAUUAUUAAUGAGCCUACCGCAGCCGCACUGGCCUACGGGUUAGAUAAGGCAGAAAAAGAACAAACUAUCUUAGUUUAUGACUUGGGAGGAGGAACCUUUGACGUUUCGGUUCUCCAAAUUUCCGAAGGAGUUUUUGAAGUUCUUUCCACCGCCGGAAUUAAUACCUUGGGAGGUGAUGAUUUUGACAAAAAAAUAGUCGAUUAUUUAAUUCAAGAAUUUGAGAAAGAAAACAAGAUUGAUUUGCGAACCAAGGACCAAAAAGAGAUAGACCGUCGCAUGACUCUCCAAAGAUUACAAGAAGAAGCUACUAAGGCCAAACAUGAUUUAUCCGGCAGUUUAGAAACCACGGUUUCUCUACCUUAUAUUGCUUCGAAAAAUGAAAAGGCAGUUCACCUUGAAAUAAAGAUUACCCGAGCCAAAUUUGAGAAACUAAUUGAAGGUCUUGUCAAAGAAACGAUGAAAGAGGUUGAUAAGGCUCUUCAAGAAGCGAAAAAAAAAUCAGGAAAAGGAUUAGAGAUUCAGCAAAUUGUUUUGGUUGGAGGUUCAACCCGUGUGCAGUUGGUUCAGGAAGAAAUCAAAAGGAAAUUUGGGGAUAAGAAAAUUAACAAGUCAGUUAAUCCAGACGAAGUAGUGGCCAUUGGGGCAGCUAUUCAGGGUGCGGUUUUACGUGGAGACAUUAAAGAUGUUGUGCUCUUGGAUGUUACACCACUUUCCCUGGGCAUUGCUACUCUCGGUGCCCGAGGUGAAGGAGAAAUUAACGAUAUAAUUAUUCCGCGUAAUACUACUAUCCCGACCUCCGUUAGCCGUGUUUAUUCGACAGCCGAGGAUAAUCAAACUAGUGUUCAUAUUAGGCCAUUACAAGGAGAAAGGACCCGAGCUAUGGAUAAUAAAGUAUUAGGCAGUUUUGAAUUGAGUGGUAUUAAAUUGGCUCCACGGGGGGUUCCCCAAAUCGAGGUUACUUUUGGUAUCGAUUCUAACGGGAUAAUUAACGUGAAAGCCCAAGAUAAAGAAACCGGAAAAAAGGCAGAAAUUACUAUUCGGGAUAGCCAAAAUUUAAGCGAAGCCGAAGUGCAAAAAAUGGUGCAGGAGGCAGAGGAAAAUCGAGAAAAAGAUGAGCAAUUUAAGAAAAAUGAAGAUGACCCCCAAUUUCAACAAUUCCAAAAUUAUUAUAAUGAUUUAAAAAAAGCGGUGGACGAGAAAGAUUACGAGAAAAUAAGAGAGGAAAAUAAGAAAAUUGAGGAUUUAAUGAAACUAUCCGAAGAAUUAGGACAAAAAAUGUCUUCCCAAGAAAGCGAGAAAAAAGAAGAGGAGGAGGAAGAAAUUGUGGAUGUUAAACCUGAGGAAAAAGAUAAGGAAUAA